CAACCUCCAGCGGGGAGGGGGGCGGUGUCCCCAGGUGCUUUUGUCAUUUCGUUAUCAUGUACAGUAUUAAAUUUGCAUACCGAUCCCAAGGCAGUGCAUAAUACAGAAAACUCAAAACCUUUCUCAACCUUGUCCCCCCGGGGGUUGUUAGAAUUGCAGAGUUGGAGGGGACCAUGAGGGUCACGUUCCCCGAAUUUGGGUCACCACCUGUUUUUGGACUGCAGUUCCCAUCAUCCCUGACCACUGGUCCUGGUGGCUAGGGAUGAUGGGAGUUGUGGUCCAAAAAACACCUGAAGACACAAGUUUGGGAAACGCUGAUCUGCUCCAACCCACUGUGAUGAGGGAAUCUUUUGACCAACGUGGGUCUCAAAGCUGCAAUCCUGGAAUUAAGAGUGUCCUGCUCUGCCGACUGAGCUAUCCCCUUGGUGGUUGCUGGACUACAACUCCCAUCACCCCUGAUCGCUGGUCCUGCUAGCUAGGGAUGAUGGGAGUGUCUGGGGGGAGAGGAAAUUUUUAAGAAAGGCUACCAACAUUCUGGUGUGUCUCCCCUCCCAUGUUGUAUUCCCAUGAGGUCCAGCCAUGGUGGCCAGUUGUUCGUUGGGGGGGGGGUGAGGGGAGCUGUGCUCCAACAGCAUAUGGAGGGCCACACAUAUUGCACCUCUGAAGCAAAUAAGCACACAGGCAACAAUUGCACCAUGGCAGUUUCCAGAGAGGCAAACUGUUAGUACGCUGGAGCAAAACAAGGAGUCUUGUGGUAUCUCAUUAUGGUAUAUGGGAUUCUAAACUACACCUGCUUCUUCCUAGUCUCCCCCCCCCAAGAGUUUCUGUAUGGGUGUAUAUAUGUGAGGGAGCAUGAAAAAUCCCCUGCCCCCUGAAACAUUCUCAGGCUGUAAGCUGCUUUUGAGUUCUCCACCAUGUAAAAGGUGGAUCAGGGCUCAGCUUCCUGUUCACACAGCGGCCAGCCAGAUGCAUAUGGAAACCCCAAAAGCAAGACUUUGAGUGCAACAGCACUCCCCUCCUGUGGUUUCCAACAACUGGUAUCCAAAGGCAUACUGGUCCUGACAGUGGAGACAACUAGUAGCCACUUGACAGCUUUACCCUAUAUGAAUUUGUUAAUCCUCUUUUAAAGCCGUCUGGGUUGGUGGCCAUUGCAGACUCUUGUGCGAGUGAAUUCCGUAGUUCUUUUUUUGCCUGUCCCGAAUCUUCCAACAUUCAGCUUCUUUGACUGAAUGUUACAACGAGAGGAGGAAAACAUCUUAUCUACUUUCGUCAUGCCAUGUAUAAUUUUAUGCUCACCUUUUGUCUUAAAAGCCCCAAAUGCUGUAACAUUUCCUCACUGCUGAGUUGCUCCAUCCCUGUCUUAAUUCUGGUUGCUAUGCAUUUUGGAGAGCAUACAGGAUCUUUCCAUUAAAAAACAACAACCUGGCCUAAUCAUUUCAGUUCAAAGUAAAGGUAGUACCAUGCAACACUAUUCUAUUUGCAGAGAUGCUUGGAUUUAUGUACAGUAGAACCACUACUUACGAAUAACUCGACCUACAAAUGUUUCUACUUACGAACGGAGCUCCGUCCGCCAUCUUGGAUGCGGUUUAGAUAGGAUUUUUUCUACUUACGAAUUUUUAGAUAGGGUUGCUUCGACUUACAAAUUUUUUCUCCCAAUGCAUUCCUAUGGGAUUCGACUUACAAAUUUUUCCGACUUACGGAUGUCUGUUCGGAACGCAUUAAAUUCACCUCCAGUGUACCAAUUUUCUGCAAAGGCAAAUUCCAAAAAAACAGACUCUGCUUUGGUUUCAAAAGUCAAAUACCUGAAUGAGAAGUAUGAAAGGUUUCUGGAAAGAACAUUCCCACGUUUCUACCAGCUAUAUUCAACCUUCUUGAAAGGAUUUCGGAUAUUCUUUACAGAAAUGAAAGAAAUAAGAAGAAUAAAGGCAAACAUGGCAUAUAGAAAGAUCCAGUUCCAUCAACUUCCAUACAGGGAGAUGGAGAGACUAAGACAGUUUCGCAGAGAUCUGAUCAAGGCCAUUCCAGUUGGGAUUCUUUCUCUUCCUCCCUUUGCCAACUACCUGGUUCUUUUGCUCAUGUACCUGUUCCCCAGACAACUCUUGAUACGCCACUUCUGGACUUCCAAACAACAAGCUGAAUUUCUGGACACCAACCACAAUAUGAGAAAGGAGGCAUACCCAGAAGUGGUUGAUGGUCUAAUGAACCUAUCUCGCUCCCUAGUUGAUUCCCAGCUUCGGAAACAGAUGCUAGAUCUCUGCAAAAAGGUGCACGAAGGAUGCCACCCAGAUGUAAGAGAACUUACAGCUGUGAGGACCUUAUUUGUGGGACACCCCUUUGGCAUCCAGCAACUCAGCGUUCAGCAGGUGAAAGUCCUAAGCCGUGUUUUGUUCCUAACUCCUCGCUUGCCAUCUCUCUUCCUGAGAUACCGCUUGCAGAGCCACUUGGCAGAGCUGCACCACCUGGACCAAGCGAUGCUGAAACUGGGUGUGGGGCAGCUAACUGAUGAGGAAGUGCAAGCGGCUUGCUAUACUCGUGGCUUGAAUUCUGUUCACCUCAGCCCACUGGCAUGCAGGCUGUGGCUGGCUCACUGGCUCACACUCUCCUGCUCGCUGAAAGAUGCUGAGACUUCACUCUUGGCACAUGGCAUGGUCUUGCUUUCUAUCAACUUCCCUUCCUCUUCCAAGGGCUGACUAAGGGCACCCGUCACUGGUGGACCACUUCUGAAAAGAUGCUGCGACAGCGACUCUUGGCUGAAGCAGGAGGAGAGAAGGGCUUUUGCUUUUACUAAAAUACAACGAGCAGGAGUCCUGCAGAAGCCUCUACCACUGAAUUAUUAGCCUUGAGGGGAAGGUAGAGUAAACACUGCAUUAUGCUGAAUAUUCCUCCUGCCGUAGAGGGAGACAAGAGAAUUGCCAGUAUGGCCCUGUACAAAAUGCCUGUACUGUAGAAGACCACAGUAUUUCCAUUUAGAUCUGGCUCAAAAAUGUCCUCGUGGGCCCAGCAUGAUUCCGCACUUCUUUUCACCGCUUAAGUCUCUUGUAAAAACAUCUGCUGAAGAAGGUGUUGGCGUUAGCCUGUAUUGACUUCCUUGUAACUUUGAAGGGCAACAAAGCUGUCACAAACUCCCAGGCUGUUUUCCUCCCCCCUUUUAACUUCAUUUUUACAAUCAACAAGGCUGCAUGGAGCUCAGUGCCUUUUGCUGGGCAUUCGCAGUGUGCUGCAAGACUUUGAAUAUAGGACCCUGUUUUUCAGAGCGGCAACUUUUGUUUGAAAUCCUGCUAGUGGCAUGCUCUUCUGCAGGAAAGAUACAGCUGCGCUCUCACAUGGGCAUUAUGGAAGGUGCAUUUCAUGUUGGCAGAUGUAGUAACAGAGCCUAUAGAAUUCAACAGGGUAGUUACACACUCAGAGCAAGUUAAUUGGAAUAUCUGUACCCAAAGCACUUAAUACCCAUUUCUGUGCCUCCAGGUCUUAAGUACUACUGCCAUGAUACUUAAAAGCAAAGUGGAAAAAAAGAAAAAAAGCCAAGUCUUGCACUCCAGAAGCUGGAAUUCUGGCCAGAUAGUAUAUAAAUUGUGUGUGGUAGACUAGUGAUUGAGUCAGUCAUUAUAAAAUGCAUGAGAAGUGCGUCAAAGUAAAUGAACGUUCAGCUAUACCUGAUGUGAAUGUUUCAUUAAAGAUAGCCAAUAAAGGACAAUCUCACAUUUUACCUGGAUUGUUUAGAACACUGCUUGUCUUCUGUCUUAUAGCUUGGUAAUAGCUUAGACAGGCACACUGCUGGGACCAUAAAUUCAGGGGUCUCCAAGCUUUCUUUGCCUCAGGCCGGUGUCUCGAGCGAUGAUUGUGCGAUGGGCCGGAGGGCAGGGGAGCGUGCGCCAUAGGUGCACACACAAUUUCUGGUGCACAUCCAGGUCGGAGGAGGCUUGUGCGCAUGCACACAAGCUAUUUCCAAUGCGCCUCUGACCCGGAAAUUGGUCCCCACGCCGGGAAGAGCGGGCAGUGGCGGUCGUUGCAGGCUGGAUGAACGAGUUUCUCAGGCCUUAUCUGGCCCCCGGGCCGUAUGUUUGUUACCCCUGAUCAAAGCUAUUCACCUUGUCAUUUCCCCAAUCAGUCCUGCAGUUUAUGCAGGACAAUAAGUUUAUGCAGCAUACAGGCAAGGGCCAUGGCCAACACACACUGUACCCCAGUUGUUCUUUGUAACAAGCGUUUAUUUCCCCUGCCAAGAAACGGCUGGCUCUGCUUGCCAGGGAUCAGCUGCGGCGGACACAGCUUGUGCUUUUAUUAACUAUAUUCCAAGCUGUACUCUACAGGCAAGUAAGCCACAGCCUCUCUGAAAGGCCCCACUGAUAUUUCACUCUGAAUGAAGUAAACAGAUUCUACAUGAUGCAAAAACAAGGGUAAGCCCAGUUGCAUGAACUGCCUUAGAACAGGUACUGCUAUCCAGUGUGGUCUUGGUGCUUUGUUUCUGAACCAACCAUAUAUUGUGUGUGCAUCAUUACAAGGCAGAUUCUGCUCAAAGACUGAAAUUAUAGGGCCAAUUAAACUCAGUAACUGCACUAGUGGAAGUCAGCGCAACAGGACUUCUUCCCCUCCCGGAAUGAUGUGCGGGGUGAGGAGAGGGGAGCUCUGUCAGUGCAUGUGGCAUGAACAAUCACCAGCACUGCAUUGAAUACAACCCAUAGUUUAUAAAUCCUAGAUUAGCGGUUUUGCAGACAACAUGCACCAUGCAAGAGCAGCGGGAGCACAUGAUCUCGGCUCUAAUCAGGAUUAUGAAAGUUUGCAUGUCCGUUGCACUAUUAAGUGAGCAGCAAUAACCUAAACCACUAUUGCUAACUUUUGCAUUGAGGACAGAAGCUGCUUUGCAAGUUCAAGCAUUUCUUUAUUUUUACACUUAAAUAUCCUCUUUAAAUACAGCAUUAUCACAAUGAAAAUAACAUAAAAGGCAAAACAAAAUGUAGAGGACCUGACAAGCUUUGGAUUCACAUUGAAAAUGCCACCUGUAUACCAUGUGAGGCAGGAGAGCGGAGAGCAAGUUAUAAAGUUGUCCAAGUCACGACUGAUGAAGGGGGCAGGGCUUGUACCAAAUGUCUCAAACUGGGGCCUAGUUAAUGAGUCUUCCAAACAGGUAGUAAAAGGGCCAUUCCCAUGUAAACAGUUCACUAGCACCAAAAAAGAGGAGGGGGAGGGGGAGGAGAAAGGAGUGUGUGUGUGUGAUUGCUCUGGGACAACACUAGCCCAUUUUGUUAUGGGUAUGCUGUACCAGCACUUUAUAAAGUCUUUUUUUAAAAAAAAGCCAAGUGAAGGAAAAUCAGAUCCAUUUCCCAACAUGAUUUGGAGUUGAGGAUUUAUAUUUUUUUCACCUGCAACCAGGUCAUCCCACCCAAAAGCCAUUUUACUUUGUCCUUCCAUCAAGGCGACACGCUGCUUUGUUUUUCCCAAGGUCACAGGCGCAAAAGAUCACAACAGCUUUGCUGGCUCAUGGACACAAUUACAGCAUAGGGCCAGGACAAGAGUGAUGGAGCAAUCAAUUCAGAUGCUGCCUGGGUAUGUGUCCACGGUGCCAGUUUUAUUCAAUGGGUUUCUAUUAACCUAUUUCAACAUCCUCUGCUUCUUGGAAUGUCAGUCAUAAUAAUUCCUUUUCCAGCUUCAAAAAGCAGAUAUUUUAAGUGUGAAGUUGUUUCCAUUUGCAGAGCAGACUACCCUGUCAUCAAUGGGCUGCAGCAGCUUUAAAGCACUCAAAAGAACCAAGUUCUUAAAUUGUGAGAAUUUGCCAGCGGCCAAGGCGUGUCCCAUUUACAUCUCUUCCUUAGAGCUGAUCACAGCCAAUCCCCAAAGAAAAGAACGUGCAGCAGUGUGGAGUUUAAAGGCUACAAAUAUAAGGGGUUGGUGGUCAGGCAUUAUAACCGUUUCCUUUAGGACACAACUCCACCACAGUUGGCCAUGGCUCCAAGGCCAGCUGGAAGUGUUCCAGCAGGGUGACGGAGUCCUUUUUGCCUUGCACGCAUCAGCAGGAAGCCGUAGAUACAAAUGGUACACCCUGGGAGUGUCCACUGCUAGUCGCGCCACAAGGCAAGGGAACGGUGGGGACUGGACAUGCACCCUAAAAGUUACAGUGGUGUUACAAUGAACUUGGGGAGGUUUCUAUGAUGGGGCAUUUCAACCCUACUUCCUUUGCACCUUUGGCCUAGGAUGACAGGCGGCGCAACUUUGUAGAGGGAGCACAUCCCUUGCCCCCCCCCCCCUGCUAGAACUCUUCUGCUCUGUGAAACUCCAAGCACAACAGACACAUAUGCUACAGAGAGGGUCGCAUCUGGAAAUGACUGCCUUUGAGACUAAAGCCAGCUUUUUAAUAGCACCUUUUAUUUUGUAAACGUCUGGAAACUGGGGGGGGGGGGAGGAUACCUAGCAAUGUCGCCAGUGCCCGUUUUCAAGCCCUGGUUGUAGAGAAGCAUGGGAGAAAACCCCAAAUAUUAGCAGCAGAACUCCUAGCAACGAGGCCAGUGACACCCGUUUGUUUGCACGGCCCUCUUUGCUUCGCAAGGCAGUAAAUGGGACUGUGAUAGACAUUUUAAGGCUUUUCUCGUUCCGGUGCUUCUGGGUCCUCUUCUCCCUUCCCUGCCCGAUUUCAAAAGUCAUUGCACAAAGAAGCCUGGCUCCUGCAUGCGCUGGCGCAGUUUCUAAACCGUUCACUGCAGCAGGAGGUGGCGAGGCAGCAAUUAAGUACUUAUUUGUGAGACGGAGCGCAGGAAGCUCAGGUGUGCGGUAUUGACACUAAGCAGCGGAUGGAAAGCUUGGGAGUUAAAAGAAGAUCGGGGAGGAGUUAUAAAGUACCGAAGCCUUUUUAUAUACUUAAAUACUCACCAUCUGGUCGGAAGUCUCAUCAACCCAGCAGCGUGAAGUUUCCAUGGGCUGCAAUAUUACUGGGAGGGUCAGGAGCUGUUCCAGAAGGAAAGGAAAACCUCUCUCCCUGUUGCUGUCAUUUCCAGGACUACAUUGCUUCUGUUCACCUUAUCUCCCUGGGAGCUAGUGCCAUUUCAGAAGGAUGGGCUUUUCCAGAUCUGGAAACUUUCCAGAAAAAACAGGGUGUGUGUUGCCCUAGAAUCCACUUUCUGAUGGAAAAAAUGGAAAUUUGGAGCAUUUUCUUUUUUUGGAACGACUUAAAUGCUUUAAGGCAAGUUUUUGCUCACUCAAAAUGUGUAUUAUGAACACAGUAGAAGUGGAUAUUCUACACCUAUCCUUUUGGCUGGGUCCUUCCCUUCCUUUUCCCCUCUCCCCUCAAGUGAAAGUGACACAGACCCCCUGCUAUAACAGCACGAUCCUUUGCAGCCUGAUCGCUCAGAAUCAAGUCUCAUUGGUUUGGCGUGACUCACUCCCAGAUAAGUGCGUAGAGGGGAUGGCAGCCGGCAGCAAUUCUGCGUGCGCUUAUCUCUGGAACGCUAAACAGAAAAGGUCUUAGUUCUGGGUAAACAUGCAUAGAAUUGCUCUGGAAAUUCCAGAGUAAAAUUUUUAUAAAUUAAGUUAUGAAUUAGGCAUUUGGGGUUAUUAAAAGCAGUAAAAUAAAUGUAGGUUUGGUAAGAAUUGCAUAUAUCUGGUUGGCCACUGUGAGAACAGGAUGCUAGACUGGACGGGACAUUGGCAUGAUCCAGAAGGCUGCUCUUAUGUUCUUAUUUCAACCCCCCCCAAACUUCCCCAUUCCCCCCCCCCCCAAGGGGAAAAAAAGAACCAGUUUCCACCACCAAGGCUUCAAAAUUUCCGCAAUUUUUUUACAUCUCUGUUAGCCACCAUUUAUCAUUGUGAUAAAGGUGGAGGCAAAGAAGUGGGUUAGAUGCAGCUGCUGGUAACAUGGGCUCUGUUCUGUCUCCAUCACCAAGCACCUUUAUGGUUUAAGAGGGAUCAUGGGCUUGGGGUUCUUGUCAACCAGCCCCUCUUCCCCCAACCAGUAUCCAAAACACCGGCCAGAUGCUGUUUCAGGUAGUCCUGUUUAGGAAGAAGCUGCCUUCUGAAAAGACAGCACGCAUUUCGUACAAUUUAAGAUUACGCACGUGUUAGCUCCCAGAUAGAAUUAAGUGAUGAAGGAAGAAUGCUUCUCGCAUGGGCUGCUUAGAUUUCACCCUCCCUUCUAUAUAAAUAUAAGUACAGCAGUCUUGUACUGCCUAGGGAAUCCUCCAGGCAGCCUUCCCCAACCUGGUGCCCUCCAGACAGGGCUACAACUCCCACCUGCCCUUGCCAGCUUGGCCAAUGGUUAGGGAUGAUGGGAGGUGUAGUCAGGGAUUUUUUUCCCCAGCUGGAACUUGGUGGAAUUCAGUUCCGGCGCCUCCCAGGUGGGUGCCAUUGCUGUUAUAACAAGGGAGGCGUUCAUGGUGAGUUCCGGCACCUCUUUUUCAAGAAAAAUAGCACUGGUUGUAGCCCAAAAACAUCCAGAGUGCACUGGAAUGGGGAAGGCUGCAACGAAUGGCAGGAAAUUAAAUAUCCCAAAGGGCUUACGCAAGUAACGGAGGUCAUGAACAGUCUGGGGAAGGAAAGAGAUUAUAAAGCGGGGGAAGUUCAGUGCUGGUUUCAAGCUAAAGUGGUGUAUUUAGAGCAGUGUUCUUCAACCUUGGGUCUCAGAUGCUGCUGGGGCUACCAUUCCUAUCAUUUACAGUGAGCUUAGUCAAUGGUCAGGGAUGAUGGGAGUUGGGAGUCCAGCAACAUCUGGAAUGCCAUUAAGUAAGCCACUCCUGAUUUAAAGGCACACCACACGGAAGCCAUGGUGAUAGCCAAGCUGGCCCAGAACAGUGAGCUGCAGAGGAAGGCAAUAAUCUUGUUACUUUACUACAAAAAGCUAGGGGAGAAGAAUGCCAAGGAGGGUGGAUGCAGAAAGUGCUUUCGUUAUCUUGCAGCGAGAGAACCAUCAGUAGGACAAGGAGAGCGUGGCAGCUCUGAGGACACCCCGCCCUCGUCCCUUUCCUUCUAAUAAGAACAGCUAAUUGCACCCCUUCCUUGCGAUGGAGAUCUCAGGAGAUGCAUACAGCUUGGAAGUCUUCUCCACUGCCACCCUAUUGCACGCUUGCUAACCCCUUGUGCUCGUAACACAGCCGGCUACAGUUGCAUUGCAUAUUCAGAUUCAUCCAGAAGGCUAGGGUGCUGGCAAGUAGCAAGAGAGUAUAUAGAGCUCUCAGAUCCACCUCCAAACUAGUGUGCAACUAGAUUGGAAUGUCUUGAAACAGCUGACGGGAAGGAGAAAUAAAAUUAGUGGAACGACAGGGCAGAAGGAUAAUUACUCUGCUGGACUUCCCUGUCCACCCAAAAGGUCAGUUCUUUACAGAGAUCUUUACCUCCACUGAGAAGAUCA